UGGAUGAGUGCAGACACUCUUAGAGUACAGGUUGCUGGCACAGAGUGAUCUGGGUCACUCAGUAAGCCAGACGAAAGGGAACAAUACACAUUUCAGUAUAACCAUGCGGGACAGCAUGACACCAAAAGACUGGAGUCUUUGUGGAUUAGUGGCUGAACAUGAGCUCUCAGUAUCGUGGCCAAAAGGGCUAAAACAGUCCUUAGAUUUAUAAACCAGUGAGGAGGAGAGAUUUUUCAUACCUCUGGGUUUAGCACUGGUAUUGACCUGCUGCUGGAAUACAGUGCCCGUGGGUGAAAAGAAGUUGAUUUUUGCCUUGCGGAGGUCUGGGACUGGGCAGAGGACAGGGAGCAGCAGUAGACUUCAGUCACUGAUGUCUGCUAAGACACUAUAGGGCUGCAUGAAAUCACUUGAGGACAAUCUCCAACUGAGAGAGGGACUGCUACAGAGGCUGAAAAGGGAAGCUGCUUUGCAAUGGUCCAGAGGUCCUGAUUCCUCAGCAGUGUUGGUGAUGGAGCUGAAGGUCUGGGUGGAUGGCAUCCAGAGAGUGGUGUGUGGUGUCUCUGAUCAGACCACAUGCCAGGAGGUGGUCAUUGCUCUGGCACGUGCAAUUGGUCAGACAGGGCGGUACGUCCUCGUCCAGAAGUUGCGGGAGAAGGAGAGGCAGCUCCUCCCGCAUGAGUGCCCAGUGGAGUCUCUAGCUAAGUGUGGCCAGUAUGCCAAUGAUGUGCAGUUCGUCCUGCGGCGGACAGGCCCCAGCCUCACUGAACGGCCGUCCUCAGACAAUGCCGCCCAGGCUCCUGAGAGGACGUUCAUCCGGGCCAGCCUGCCCAUCAAACCCAGGCCAGUGAGCACAGAAGUGCCCAGGUCCAGGGAGCCUAAAAAGUCCAUGACCUUUAACUUGGGCCCUAUGGGCCCCAGCGAUCUGUUUGCCAAGAGCAAGCUGAGGCAGCACAAGAGGGACAAUGCUGAUGUGAAGGACGGUGCCAAUGGGGGCCAGCCCUCCAAGGAUGAGCUGUUUAAGACAGUGCUGCGUCAGCAGGAGCAGCUUUACUCCUUAGAGGUCCAUGGGGAUUCUUUGGAAACGGACCUUAGGUACUGGGAGCGCAGCAGGAGUACCAGCCAGGAGGAUGAGAUCCUUUACCUGGAGCAGCUGGUCAGGCGGAAUGAGAUGGAGCUGGGCGAGGAGGAGUUCUGGCAGAGCGAGCUGCGCCUGGAGAAGGAGUGCGAGAGGGAGCGGCAGGAGAAGGUGAGGAGCCUGCAGGCCACCCUGGAGGAAUACACGCAGAAGAUCCAUGAGCUGACUGCCAAAACAGAGGCCUUGGAAAAGGAGAUCCAGUGGGAGAUAGCUGAGCGGGCCAAGAGAGUGAAGGAAGCACCUGCCCAGGGGCCUAUGGAUCUAGAUGAUGUGGCGGCCAAAAUGAAAAGGGACCUGGAAGCUAAGGUCAAGCAGAGUGCCCAACUGGACAGCAGCCUGACAAACGUGGAGAAGGCCUUGGAAGAGGCUGAAAGGAACCUUCAGGCCCAGAACCAAGAACUGGAGGACUUAAAUAAGGAGCUGAGGCAAUGUAAUUUGCAGCAGUUUAUUCAGCAGACGGGAGCCACGGUGACUGUUCUGCAGUCCAGGUCUGAGGAUGAACCCCAGCUGGAUCAAACUAACCACGAACUGCCAGCCCACCAGAGAAACGGAGGUCAGGACGCAGUUUGGAGACUCCAUUAUUUAACAAGAGGGGGGCUUGCUCUAAGAUCUGCUGCUACGCUGGGCCGAAAUCCUGCUUUUUUAAAACCCUCCUCCCUCCACUUCAGCUAUUGUCUGCCUUCCCAGGACUUCCCUACCAAGUUAUCUGUAGCUAUGUCAUCACCUGCCAGCCACUUCCUAUCUGAUUCCUUCAAUGCUGGCUGUAACUAAGGCACUGAAGCUGGAUGAAUGCAAGCAAAGUAAUUCUGUAGUCAUACAUACCGAAGAGGGUAACCAGGGCUCAUGUUUUCAGGGUCAACCAACCACAGGGCUCAGGAAUAGACUUCUACUCACCUCCCAGUAGCCAGGUGCAAAUCUGCCUUGUGGUUACAUUCGCUCACUUAUGUUAAAACACUGGGGUCUAGAGUUUAGCUUGCUACAAGGGUACAAAGUCUUUGUACUCCUCUCCUGGAGGACAGGAUGGUUUUUACAGAGCUAAUCAGCUGGAUUAUUUCAAACCCCUGUACAUUAAAGCCAGACCUUGACAUCCACAUUUAAACACCAGGCUGCUUCUGCUUCAAAAGGUGCUUCUCCCAUUGGCCUCAAUGAGGAUUGGGCUUGGCCUUCCUGGCCAUUGGGUUACAUCUGCUGAGGUGCCAAAAUCCAUAUUUAGGAACCUGAGUGUAGGCCCCAGGGUUGAAAAUGUGUCUAGAAGAGGCCUGAGUUGGUAAAUGCAGGUGACUGGAUCAUGGCCAAGUCUUGCUACUACAUUUGCCUUUGAACAUGUGUUACGGAGCCUGGUUGUGGCUUGUCAUCAGAGAAACUAAAGAGGGUCAUGCCCUCCUGGUCCCUUGUAUCAGUUCCUUGGGAAGGGGUAAUUGCUGAGGUGAUCACCUGGGGCUUCUCUCAAACUCUGUGACUGAGAGGCAUGUAGUGUAUUCGUUCCUCCUUCCCUUUGGUCCCUCUUUCUGAGAGAGCUGAGGAGAGUAUCCAGAAAGACUGUGUGGCCAUUACUAGUUCUCCUUUGGGUCAGGAGCCCAUCUACCUGCAUUGGACCUUAGCACCUCAGCUUGCACAUGGGCAAGUGCAUCUCUGGAUGUCAGUAAGCGUAUUAAUCUGGGCAGAGAAACAACUGGUUGAGAAACGAAGUUACCUUUGGUGACAAACUGUGCUAGUCACCACAGCUAGACGGACUGCAGCGUUUCUUCCCCUUCCCCACCACCAGCUAGACAAACUGCUAGCUGGAGGUGCGGAAGGAAAAGAAAUGCAGCACAGCAUCAGUGUUAAACUCACCCUAUGCCCUGAACCAGAUCCAGACCAGGUGGCUUCUUGUGGGCUGGAUCUUGGACCUGAAAGCAGUGGAGCAAGUGGUGGCAGAGGCAUUACAGGCGGUGGCAGCAGCCAUGGGGCCUUCAUUUGACACCUGCUGCUGACAGCCGUACCCAGUGGGGACCAGUAACCCCAGAUUCUGUGGUAGUCCCCUCCCCUGAAUUUCCCAGCCCACCAGGAGCCCCACAGGCUGGAGGGAACAGUUCUGUGGGCUGGAUCUGGCCCAUAGGCUUUGUGUCUGACACUUCAGCCAUAAGGAACACUUAAUUGGGAAUCAGCUGAAAUGGCAGCUCUGUAAAUACGAUGCAAAUAUCCCUCUGAUCUGCACAGCUUCGCUGAUGCCCUCACACUGGUGUCUGUCCACACUGGUUGAGAAUCUGGGCCCUGUAGGUCUUAAACAUGUGCCACCAGCCCUACAACCAGACUGGUGUCUCUUAGAUGUGGGUUGUGCUGUACCUUGUUUUAGGAUCAGUGCGCUCUGCCUCUUUUUACUGGAAACCUGGUGUUGCAAGACAGUGAUGGGGCCUUUCAUUAAGGAAAUGCCGGAUAUGGGAGAGAAGCCUCUUUCCUUGAGUCAUCUGGUCUUGGGGGUGGAUAUCUUCUCCCCUCCCUUGCCCCUCCUAAAAACAACCCUAGGGAAGAAGAGCAUGCUUGAGAGAGCUUUUGAUUCUAAAGCCAAGUGCAGAGGCCUGAACUCAAGGGGUUGAAGAGCACUUUGGUGGGCAUGAAGGAAGCUGGAGCACUCACAGAGUGUGUUGUGUGUGGCUGGUAAAGCAAAGAGAAGCACAGGCAGGUGGGGGCCAGGUUGCUGUUCAGAACAGGCGAAGCUCUUUAUAUAGCUGUCAGAUCUGAGAGCAAGCGGUGCGUGGAUAUCUACAUAACUUCCACCAUCACUCGCCAGAUCUUAGCCAAGGAGCACUGCCACUGACAGAUCGUGGGGGUGUCUGGAGCUCCACAUGCUGACUACUCAAAACUGCAGUGUGGGGCAGCUGGAAAACCUGCGCUGACUGCACCAUAAGGGAGAAAACUCCAGACCUAUGAGGAACUUUGUCUUGGGUAGAACGGCUAAGAUUGCCUAACACCAAUGGCUGUGUAAGGGGACAGAGAAGAGUGGAGUAGGAAUUAUUCCCUGGGAUCUCAGCUGACUUGGGUGCAGAUGGGGUGGUUGGGGAGGGAGAAGAGGAAGGACAAAUGGUGCAUGUGUAACAAAGGAGUUGGCCAUUCAUUCCUCCAAUAUCAGUUUCCUGCAUUAGGAGCUUGGACUUCAAGGCAGCUCCGAGCUAGCUAUGUGAUGUUUUUGAAUGGGUUAUAGAGGUGACCAUCAAGCUCUCCUAAGAUGGGUCCAAGUAGCUCUUCCUCCACAGAAACCUAAGGGUAUGGCUUCACUGCUGUGAACUCAAGGUAGUAUACAUGUACCCAUGGCAGAGGUCCCCAAGUGAACAAGACAGAAGCCAAGAGGGAAGCAAUAGCAGCAUGAAGCUUGCUUGGCACAGACUGCAAAGCCUGUUUGAAAUGCUGGUAUGUGCCUGGGCAAUUGGCCAGUGCUGAACUGUGUGUGGCCCUGGCUACCCUGCUAGUGCUCAUGCUCAAAGCUCUUUUGGGGACACCCCCAUGAGCAUCCAUGUGACUGCACCUUAGGGGUGGGGGGGAGCCCCUUCUCUACCCUCUUAUGAUUGGGAAGAGUUUGUGUCUCCAGGCCUGGCCCACGUGUCCCUUUUGCUGUGGCCUCCCGGCAGACGGGGCUGGCAGGCUCAGAGAAGGCUUGCAGAGCCGGCUCCCACGUGACGACUCAUGUGCGAAACGUUUCUCGUCCCUAGGCCUUCUCCAUCCCAGCACAGACUCGCCUCCCCGGCCAACUGCCAAGCAAUUCCUCGGCAAUCCACGGAACCUGCAGAACCCGCUGGUGUCCA